AUAAGGCAUUUGGUGUCGAUCAUCGGUGAGAAGGCGUUUGGGCUGAAAAAUCGAGAAAAAUGAAAUAUUUGACGCUGAUAUACGUUUUGGUUGUCAUGGUAACCGUUGCCAUAUGUCAGAGCCUUGGACACUCUGGAAAAGAUGGAGUAGAUGCGACCGAGCAGUUUACUGCGAUACGAGAGAUCAACCUGUUGAGGAAGAAGGAGACAAAGGAUUCGACGGGGGGACAAGUCCCAGAUGUGGAAUGGGACGCGAAUCUGGCCAGCAUUGCCGACGUGCACGUGAGGAACUGCUAUUAUCCUGAGAGAGAUGACCCUGACAAUUAUGACAAAUACAUAGACCUUGGAGGCACUGGGACUGUCGGGAGUCUGAAGACCCACCUGGGCGACCCAGGGAGGCUGAAGGAUGCUCUCGACCUCUGGGACGAUGAAGGCUAUUUGUAUAACUAUGAUACCCAGAUAUGCGUUGGAGGAACAACGUGUAAUAACUAUCUUCAGCUGGUGAACAGAGGCACUAAAAAGAUGGGUUGCGCGAGAGGGCUGUGUGGUGGAUAUCAUUACAUCGUAUGCCUUUUCAAUGAAGAGUACGACAUUCUUGCAGGCGGAAGGCCUUUCUAAUAAAAUGGAACUUGGACAUGGAACACCAACUUCCUAUUGCAAGUCACGCGAGUCAGAUAUAUAACCAUCUUUCGACGAACUACAUUGUGGUGUAUCGUUCCGCCUGCUGGUGAUUGAUCACAUCCGACUGGAAGACAAGGCGCCUCCCAGAUCUUACAGGCGACACAAAUAACAUCAUACAUAUGUACUCCCAGCAUAUCCUAAUCAAUAAUUACCAAU